AUGCAUGUUCUUGGAGACGUUAUUGAAGUGAUAUAUCAAUAUAAAUGUAGUUACCUCAAAGAUGAUGGUGUACACGUCGAGCAAUAUUUCUCGGAAACUUGUGAAAAGGAAGGCUUUUACUCUGAUCCUUUAGACUGCAGCAUAUUUUACCGAUGCAUAAACUGGGGUAAUAGUAGACCCUUAACUAGAUUCAAGUUUCAAUGUGGACUAGGUACAGUAUUUUCACAGUCUAUGGGAAACAUAUGCGUGCCUCCUAGAGAUAGUGAAAGAAUGGAAUGUGUUGAAUUGGAAAAUGAGAUUCAGAUUGAUUUGGAAUCAUCGACUUCUAAUAUGGUAUCAAAAAUUAAUAUUCGUAACAGUAAUGAAAUGCAACAUGACAUUUUACAUAGAUGUAGUCAACCAUCAACAAUUUCAAGAGAAGAAUGUAGAUACUUAUUUUCUACUACAAAUAUUGAAAAAAUGUAUUUACCUGGGACCGAUAAUCCUAGUCGAUUUAAUAAAUUUAAACCUUAUAAUGAUAAUAAUCCCAUCUUUUUUGAAAAUGAAAAUUCUUUAACCAAGUCACAAAUUUUUUCUCAAACUGAAAAAGCAUUUGAUGUUUGUACUCACGAAGGAUUUGUUCCCGAUUUAAAAGAUUGCCAAAAGUUUUAUCGCUGCGUUCAGGACCAAUUCGGAUAUAGAAAAUUUAGUUUUCAUUGUGCUACUGGAACAGCGUGGGAUCAAAACGAACAAACUUGCAAUUAUGUUUCGCUAGUUCCAACAUGUAAUUAUGCAAAUAGUACACAAACUCAAAGCAGUUUUCAAUCUAUGGGAGCCAACAGGAUUCCAUCUACAUUUUCUUCAACUGAAAAGAGCAUUAACAUGGGUGCAACCAGAUAUGAUCUUUCAGAGACAACAACAUCCAUGUAUUUGUUCUCAUCAUUAAGCACGCUUAACGACAAAGAAAGUAACAAUUCAGUCGACAGUAAAGAUGCAGUUUAUAAUGAAUCGUGUACUUCUGACUGCAAACUGGUAGAUGGUGUUGUUUGUAACAUACCCGGAUUUUAUGCUCAUCCAUUAAAAUGUAACAAAUUUUAUCGUUGCGUUGACAAUGGAAAUGGAUUCAAUGUUUAUUACUUUGACUGUCCACUCGGAACAAUAUUUGAUCCCAGUAUAAAUGUCUGUAAUUAUCCAGAAUCAAUUUAUCCACCUAGAAAGUGCGUUUCCACACAACAUACUUCAUCAUCUAUGGAACCAUUUUUAACUAAUCCUCCAUCGUCAACAAUGAAAUCUCAAGAGCUAUCAACAUUGGCAUACGUCACAGAACUCACAACUUUGACCAUAGAAAGUAAUUCUUCAGAAUUAACAACAAGUGUGUCGAAAAAUGAACUUUCAACUGAAGAAUCUCAUUUAACUACAGAAAAAAUUCCACCUCUUGAUUCAACAACCAGUUCUGAAACUUUGGAAACUGGAGAAGAAUCAAAUACAACAACUAUGAAAUUUAGUUCUACUUUACAGUAUUUAGAAACUACAACUGCAACUGAAAUAUCUACAGUAGCUACUACUGCAGGAAGUUUAACAAUGACUGAUGGCACUUUAAUGACAACAUCAGCCACAAUGGAAAAAUCUACUUUAUCAGAAUUAGAAACACCAAAAACAGAAGUAAAUUUAGAAAGUACAACUAAACAUGGUGUAGAAGUUUCCACAAGUAUUACCGAGUCGGUGACCAAAAUUGAAGAACUAAUAACGACUAAUACAAUAAUACCAGCAGACAAUGCUUUCUCUAAUUGUCCAAUUGCUUCAAAUAUUACUGACGAACAAGUUCUACUAGUGUGCCCAACGGGAUUUAAGCGUCAUCCCAAGUUCUGUAAUAUUAUUUAUCAGUGUACUACACAUGAUAACUCACAAAUAAAAUUUUUAACACUUCGAUGUCCUGAAAAUACUAUUUUUGACGAAACUAAAAUUCAGUGUGUUCCUGAAUCCGAAAGUUCGCAACCUUGUGAGGGAUCUAUUAGCCAUGAAAGAAUUCAUAGGCGAUCAGAUAGCAAACGACUUCUAAAUAUUAAAUUAGUAUCUCACGCAGUAUGUCCAGAUGAGGGCUAUUACCCGUUUCAUUAUGGGUGCAGUAUUGCUUUUUUCAAAUGUAAGCGAAAUACAAGAAAUGUUCUUCAAGCAUAUUUAUACAAAUGUCCACCUGGUUCUGUAUUCUGGACUAUUUCAAAGAGCUGUGAAAAAGUAUCUUGGUUAAAAACAUGUACAUCGCAAUCUUUCGAAACAGAAAAAAUAUUUUGGGAAAACAGAUGGGAUGUUCCGACAGAAAAUGAUAAUUUUUAUACAUGAAAAUUAUUUUUGUAACCUCUUAACUUACUAAAUGUAAACGUAAUAAUUGAAACUUCUUUAUUUUACAUUUUGACUGAUUUUAAAAAUAUAAUUAUAAUUAAAAUCAAAUUAUUUUAAUAGUGUACUGUACUUUACAAAGAUAAAAAAAUAUAUUAUGUACUUGUAUUUUUACACAGCAUUAGCUGACGUAAAAAAAUUUAUAAAAUAUUAAAUCAAUCCUUGUGGCAAUCAAGUAACUGUUAGACAUUUAUUAUGUAUGCAUAAUUAUAAUUCUAAUUGAUAAAACUUUCUCCAAGAUCGAGAUAUUUCAAGUUUAACAAACAAGGAACUCGAAUAACACAACUAUAUAUUAUUAUCGUAUUGCAUUGUAAGCCAUACCAUAUUGCAAUUCAAUAUUGUAGCAAUGUUGGAACAAGAUUUAAAAGUUACCAUUGCAAUUCUAAAGCAAUAUUACAGGAAAAUAUUGACUCAAUAUUGCUGAAUUAUUAUAUUUAUCUAGAAGUAAAUACGACCCUAAAUAUGGGCAUAAAUACGAGCCUUAGUACACUGAAAAAAAAAAUCUGCCCGCCCUCCGGGCGGACACAUUCUCAUCCGCGCUUCGCGCGGAGGGCUCGCAAGUUUCAGCGCGCCUCGGGGGGCGCGAA